AUGGAGAAAACAAAUGCUUCAGCCGGAACCACCUUAGAAGGAAUGCUUGUGGCUGAUUCUGGUACGGAUGUUACAGCCAUCGCCAUUUUGAUCUCCAUGGCGUUUCUAGUAUUUGUGAGCAACAUCUUAGUUUUACUCGUUCUUCAGAAAGGAAGAGGACUCUUUGAUGAGGUCAUGGCUCUCCUGCUUCAGAUACUCGCUUUGUCGGAUCUCCUAGGAGGUACGGUUGCAUCGCUUCUAACAGCUACUCUUCUUCUCCUGGAGGUGACACCUACCUCCCGUGCUAUCUGCAGAAUGGCCCCUCUGGUGAACAACUUCAUGCUCCUCCAGUCAUUGUACAUCGUUUGCCUUGUGAGUUUCUGUCGCUAUCUUUCAGUCACGCAUCCAUUGUUUUAUCUUGGGAGCGUGACGAUAUCUCGUGUACGCAUCGCUGCCUUGUCCGUCAAGGCGUACGUCUUGCUUAACACGUGCGUCUUUCUACCAAUACAGGGGUUUCCUUUCUGGGAUGUCCUUGAUGAGAUGUGUAGUGCACAGACUGAGAGGUUGGAUGUCCUACAUCACAGGCCAUCCGAAUCCAUCUUAUCUUGGAACUUUACACCUGCUGUGGUAUUCGUAUCUGUUUCCUUCGUACUGCCUCUCUGUCUACUAACAUUUGUGAAUUCUCGACUCCUUUGCAUUGCCUGUCGUAUCAGCCGCCGCGAGAAAAGCCAGCAUCGGGUUGUCCAAAGAAACCCAAAGAGCAGUGGUUCUUCGAACAGUGAAUACCCACAUCAGGAGUAUCACUCACGGAUUGGGAGACGACAUGAGCGGAAGGGUCUUCGAGGAUUCCUCACGGUAUUUCUAAUGACCGCGUCCUUCUAUGUAUCUUGUCUGCCUUAUGUAGUCGUUGUCAUAUCCAUUCUGACGGUAACGGCAACGGAUGUUCGACAAUAUCUGAGCAAGUAUGGGUGGAUGGUGGCCCUCAUGAUCAUGAUUAGCAAUGCUUGGUGGAAUGCACCCAUUUACCUUUUAACAUGCCGGACUUUCCGGAAGAAGGCACUGGAGAUCGUGACAUGCAGGAAGUCGAGGGCAAUGACAGCUUUCCAAGGUAGCGGACCCUCGCACGUUUCCCAUGUAUUUCAGUUGCAACCUCAAGCCUCUCAUCAAAUAGAAACCACUGGAUAG